CUACAGAACCAACCUGUAGUGGCAGCUGAUGAACAGGACUGCUCACGAGGAGAACGAGGUGAACUGCUAUGUGUGUGCGCAGCUGCCAUUCGCCACACACAACUCAGGUCUGCACCCAGGGAGCAUCACUGAUGACAAACCGAUGUGUCUCUAUGGCCUGAGCACACAACCACGACUCAGCGUCCCCAUGCCAAAGGGAUGCAAAUGGUGCAAAAAGGAUUAUUCUAUUCUACUUCGGACAGGAGAUGCCGCAAAAGGACUUUUUGGAUCUAUGAACUGUUCAUUUGAGGAUGGCAUACUUCCGUUUCCACCGUUUCCACAAACCGUAUGGAAAAUACCAGAGACCAUUUCAUUAACAGGAGCUAAACCAGGAUCUCUGAGGAGCUGUGUUUACAACAACGGACACGUUUCUCUUGGGACGGUGCCCUGGAACUUGUGUAACAAAGUUUACACCUACUGCGACACGACACCGGAUUACAUCGAUUGCAUCGCCUGCAGGGGUCAGAGGGCAACCCCCGGCUGCAAAGUCUGGAAGGAUAACCCAGACUGUGACAACCUGCUUCAGGAGAGGAGUUUCAACAUCACGCAUAAGACAAAAAGGAGACAAGAGACAACACUGUGCAGCGCCAUAGUGCCAGGAGAUUAUGGCUCACAGAUGUUGGCAGACUGGUACUUCAUAUGCGGGAAUGAAGCGUACAUGUUCCUGCUGAAAAAUUGGGGAGGACUGUGUGCUGUGGUUCCUUUGAUCAACCCGAUUGCGUUCAUCAGGAAAGCACAAAAUGAUCUACGCACCCGCUCCAAGCGAACAGCUAUGCCAGAGGUCAAAAGAUGGGGAGGCCUAACAACACAUACUGGAGUUCCAUGGGAAUUCAGGAUUUGGAACGGCGGAGAAAAAUUCAUGCAAAGCCUGUUUCCAUGGGUUGGUCUAGGAGAGAUUCGGGACCACGUUGAGAUAAACAGGUACGGAUUACUGCGACUAAUCAACAUCACAUACCAGCUGGCCAAUGGCACCAUGAAAGAACUGACUGAACUGAGAAACAUGGUUAUGCAAAACCGUGUUGUCCUGGACUUUCUCACUGCCCCUCAGGGAGGGGUCUGCAAAAUCAUUGGCCCGACAUGCUGUACUUUUGUGCCUGAUGAAACAGGAACUGGAGGAACUUUAAAACAGUAUGUGGAGAGUGGAACACGCGGCUCAUCCUCUUUUGAUUUGCUUUCAUGGUUUACAUCUGGACCAUGGUGGGCUUUGCUGUUAAAACUCGUGACACCUGUUCUGAUUGUUUUAGUUCUGUUCUGUCUUUUUACGGGUUGCAUUAUUCCUUGUCUACGACAUAUGAUGUUUAAAACAGUUAACACAACUGUUAUCAACUAUCAGCUGGCAAAGGCAUCUUAUGAGACAACUGAAGAUGACUUGUUUCGAGUUUCUGACGAUUUUCUGAACAAUGAUGAAUUUCUGUAAUCAAUAAACAGAUGAAUUCAUUUGCUGAAUGAUUCCUACACC